AUGCCGAAGGGGCCCAAGCAGCAGCCGCCGGAGCCCGAGUGGAUCGGGGACGGAGAGACCACGAGCUCCACAGACAAAGUGGUGAAAAAAGGGAAGAAGGACAGGAAGACCAAAAAGACGUUCUUCGAAGAGCUGGCAGUAGAAGACAGACAAGCUGGGGAAGAAAAGAAAGCGCUCAAGGAGAAGGAGCAGCAGCAGCAGCAGCAGGUACAGCAGCAAAAAAAGAAGCGAGACGCUCGAAAAAACCGUCGGAAAAAGGAUGUGGAUGAUGACGGAGAGGAGAAGGAGCUCAUGGAGCGUCUUAAGAAGCUCUCAGUGCCGGCCAGUGAUGAGGAGGAUGAGGUACCUGCCCCAGUACCCCGAGGAGGGAAGAAAACCAAGGGUGGCAAUGUUUUUGCAGCCCUGAUUCAGGAUCAGAGUGAGGAAGAAGAGGAGGAGGAAGAAAAACAUCCUCCUAAGCCAGCCAAGCCAGAGAAAAAUCGGAUCAAUAAGGCUGUAUCUCAGGAACAACAGCCAGGGCUCAAGGGCAAAAAGGGAAAGGAGGAGAAGUCAAAGGGGAAGGCUAAGCCUCAAAAUAAAUUUGCUGCUCUGGACAAUGGCGAGGAGGAGAAUGAAGAGGAAAUAACAAAAGAAGAGGAACCACCCAGGCAAGGGAAGGAGAAGGCCAAGAAGGCAGAGCAGGGCUCAGAGGAAGAAGGAGAGGAGGAGGAGGAGGAAGGGGAGUCCAAGGCUGAUGGUCCCUCUGCUCACCUUAGCAAGAAGGAGAAGAAGAAGCUGAAGAAACAGAUGGAGUAUGAGCGCCAGGUGGCUUCAUUAAAAGCAGCCAGUGCUGCUGAAAAUGACUUCUCCGUGUCGCAAGCAGAGGUGUCUUCCCGCCAGGCCAUGUUAGAAAAUGCAUCUGACAUCAAGCUGGAGAAGUUCAGCAUCUCCGCCCAUGGCAAGGAGCUGUUUGUCAACGCAGACCUGUACAUUGUCGCCAGCCGCCGCUAUGGGCUGGUGGGACCCAAUGGCAAGGGCAAGACCACUCUCCUCAAGCACAUCGCCAACCGAGCCCUGAGCAUCCCUCCCAACAUCGACGUGCUGCUUUGUGAACAGGAGGUGGUAGCUGAUGAGACGCCGGCCGUGCAGGCUGUUCUCCGAGCCGACACCAAGCGCUUGAAGCUGUUGGAAGAGGAGCGGCAGCUUCAGGGACAGCUGGAGCAGGGCGAUGACGCGGCUGCCGAGAGGCUCGAGAAGGUGUAUGAGGAAUUGCGGGCUACUGGGGCGGCAGCUGCAGAGGCCAAAGCCCGCCGGAUCCUGGCCGGUCUGGGCUUUGACCCUGAGAUGCAGAAUCGACCCACACAGAAGUUCUCGGGGGGCUGGCGCAUGCGCGUCUCCCUUGCCAGGGCGCUAUUCAUGGAGCCCACGCUGCUGAUGUUGGAUGAGCCCACCAACCACCUGGACCUCAACGCUGUCAUCUGGCUCAAUAACUACCUCCAAGGCUGGCGGAAGACGCUGCUCAUCGUCUCCCAUGACCAGGGCUUCCUGGAUGACGUCUGUACCGAUAUCAUCCAUCUUGAUGCCCAGCGGCUCCAUUACUACAGGGGCAAUUACAUGACCUUCAAGAAGAUGUACCAGCAGAAGCAGAAGGAACUGCUGAAGCAGUAUGAGAAGCAGGAGAAAAAGCUGAAGGAGUUAAAGGCGGGCGGCAAGUCCACCAAGCAGGCGGAAAAGCAAACAAAGGAAGCCCUGACUCGAAAGCAGCAGAAGUGCCGGAAGAAAAACCAGGAUGAGGAGUCACAGGAGGCCCCCGAGCUCCUGAAGCGCCCCAGGGAGUACACCGUGCGCUUCACGUUCCCUGACCCACCUCCGCUCAGCCCUCCGUUGCUGGGCCUGCACGGUGUGACGUUUGGCUAUGAGGGGCAGAAACCACUCUUUAAGAAUCUGGAUUUUGGCAUUGACAUGGACUCAAGGAUCUGCAUCGUGGGCCCUAACGGUGUGGGGAAGAGCACCCUGCUGCUGCUGCUGACAGGCAAGCUGACGCCGACUCGUGGGGAAAUGAGGAAGAACCACCGGCUGAAAAUUGGCUUCUUCAACCAGCAGUAUGCAGAGCAGCUGCACAUGGAGGAGACGCCCACCGAGUACUUGCAGCGGGGCUUCAACCUGCCCUACCAGGAUGCCCGCAAGUGCCUGGGCCGCUUUGGCCUGGAGAGUCAUGCCCACACCAUCCAGAUCUGCAAACUCUCUGGUGGGCAGAAAGCCCGAGUUGUGUUUGCAGAGCUGUCCUGUCGGGAGCCCGAUGUCCUCAUCUUGGACGAGCCCACCAAUAACCUGGACAUCGAGUCUAUCGACUCUCUUGGGGAGGCCAUCAACGAAUACAAGGGUGCUGUGAUCGUCGUCAGCCAUGAUGCCCGACUUAUCACAGAAACCAACUGCCAGCUGUGGGUGGUGGAGGAGCAGAGUGUUAGCCAGAUCGACGGUGACUUCGAAGACUACAAGCGGGAGGUGUUGGAGGCCCUGGGUGAAGUCAUGGUCAACCGGCCCCGAGAGUGA